GAAGAGAUGAGUCUUCAAUAAAGACUUAAAUGCUGAGACCGAGUCUGCGUCUCUCACAUGGGCAGCACCUUGUCCCUGAUUCGCGGAUGUCCAGGUCAAUUCUAGUUAUUCCAGCGCUCCCAUUCCAUAUAAUGUUGCGUUCACACGAGUCUCACCUGUUCAGCACGGCAAUGAGGACAAUGUUCAUCUUCGUUGGAAUGCUUUUCACCCUUUCAAAUGCAGAAUUCCAAGUGAGCCUUCUGAAAGAGUCAGAUGGAGUUGUAACAGGCAGGUUUGCUGACUCUUUAAUUUUGAGCCUGCCUCCAUGUGCUUUGGCAACACAGAGUGUGACUUUGGAGUACAACAACACUGUCACCAACGAGAGCAAAACUUUGGUCAAUAUAUUCAAAGUGCUCCCCUGUCGGUUCAGAAGGGACAUCAUCUCAACCAUUGAAAAUAAUGGCCAGUUCACUACCAGCAGAAACCUGGGUUAUCAAGUGACAAAUCUCACCACUGGCUCAACAUACAGGCUUCAGUAUGUGGUAGGGGCAGAGAAGAGCAACAUUCUGGAGGUCUCUACAAGACAAGCCAAAGACCCCAACCAAAUAGACUCUGGCCUGCCAGCACGCAGUGGAGCCAUGGUUGUCAUCACUGUCAUACUGUCUGUUUCCAUGUUCAUUUUGCUGGUAGCCCUCAUUGUCACUGUUGCCCAUUCCCUUGGUGGGGAUUAAAAUACAUCUCCAAAGUCUGAAUUUCACAUUUACAAUAGAUUUGAUAUGGAUACAUUUAUACUUCAUAUACAAACACUUCAUAUGCAAACACGCACACUGCACAUUAUUUAAUGAUACAGUACCUUUGAACAAUAUUCUAUGAAGAAUCUGUUUCCAGAACUUUAUAGUACAUUUAAAACCUUGCAUUAUAGUGUUUAAUGCAGUUUCAACUGCUGUCUAUAGUGUUAGCUUAUUUGGAGUAUGACUGAAUUAAAAUGGUUUGAAAAGUUAAUUGUAUUUUUGUUAAUCAUACUAAGAAUCCCACUUAAUUUUUCAUUGAUUGUCAUAAAUUACAAAGGCUGAUGGAUUAUUAUAACACCAUUCACAUGUUGAAUAUGACAUGUUUUUGUUUUACUGCGCCGCUAAGUUUUGACAAAUUCUAUAUGAUAUCUAUGUGGAAGCAAAAAUUAAACAACAUUCCAAUGUUACAUUUCAUUAUUAUUAAUAGCAACAAACAUAAUUAGUCAGCCUACAUCAACUUCGUAGCAUUGUAAAACUUUUGAUAAAAAUGAACACAUUUUCAAAUUCUUAUAAUUUGUCAUAUCCGAGCCCUUGUUCAACUCUAUCGCCUUGCGAAGUGCACUGAGCAGGCGCUCUCACAUAGUCAAAGGAGUCAGAGUAUAGAACCAGCUCA